UAAAGCCGCCCAGGAGGCAAAUGGAGCCUCCACGGCCGGCAGCAGUCUACCUCGCAAAGCCCUCCCCUCUUUCCCGGGGGGCCAAUCCGGGGAGCCCCCGCGCCCCCGUUAAAAGAAGGCCGGGCGCGGCCAGGGCGCCCCCGCCUCCAUGGGCGCUCGCCUGGCUCCAUCCCCGGUCGCCGCAUCGGCGCUCGACUUAUCGCGCCUGGCCGCCCGGCUCGGCGCGGCCUUCCCCGCAGGCGCCGCAGUGGCGAGCCGAGCGCAUCGAUCCGGAGGCGCGAUGGCGGCGAUGGCGGGAGCGGCAGGCUCGUCGGCCUCCGCUUCUGCGUCGGGCCUGGCCGGCGGGCGGGCGCCGCGGCGGACGGCGGGGAACCGGCUCUCGGGGCUCCUGGUGGCGGAGGAGGAGGACGAGUUCUACCAGAUCACCUACGGCGGCUUCACGGAGGAAUCGGGCGACGAUGAGUACAAGGGGGACCAGUCGGACAGCGAGGACGAGGUGGACUCGGACUUCGACAUCGACGAAGGGGACGAGCCCAGCAGCGACCAGGACGACUCGGUGCCCAAGCGGAAGCGGAGGGUAGUCACCAAGGCCUACAAGGAACCCAUCAAAAGCCUGAGGCUGAAGAAGCCUGAGGCCCCGGCCAGCAGCUCGCAGAAGACCAGAGAGGAACGAUCGGCCCCCGCAGAACUGGAAGACACGGUGGACAGCCGGAAAUACAUGCGCCAGUCCACCACCGAGCACACUCGCCAGACGUUUCUGCGCCUCCAGGAGCGCCAGGUGCAGUCCAGGCGCAAGAAGGGGGCCGGCCCCAGCUACGACAGACCCCUGACCCAGGAAGAGCUCCUGAGAGAGGCCAAGAUCACCGAGGAGCUCAACUUGCGCUCUCUGGAGACUUAUGAACGCCUGGAGGCAGAUAAGAAGAGGCAGGUGCAGAAGAAGCGGAAGUGCCCAGGCCCCACCAUACGCUACUACUCGGGGACGAUGCCCCUCAUUUCCGAGCUGGGGUACAAGGAGGAGAAUGUGGACGUGGAGGGGUUAGAGCAGGAGGGUCUUCUGGAGCCCCCCUCAGCUGCUGCGCCCGCUGCAAGAUGCUCCCGCACCUUUGUCACCUUCAGCGACGACAACACCUUUGAGCGCUUCUUCCCCAGAGUCCCGCCCCCCAGGCUGCCCGUCAAGGAGAUCUGCCCCGUCACCCACAAGACCGCCAUCUACCGGGACCCCGUCACUGACAUCCCCUACUCCAACCUCCGCUCCUUCAAGAUCAUCCGCGAGGCUUACAAGAAGUACAUCACUGCUCACGGGCUGCCCAGCGCGGGCGCCUCCGCUGCCCUGGCGGCCGGCUCCCCCAUGCCCGAGCCCGGCCUCCGGCCCACCCGGCAGAAGAUCAUCAUCAAGCAGAGCGUGCCGGCCACCUGAGCUCCCAACGGCCCCUCCGUUUCUGCCAAAGGGCCUCCUUGUCGUCCCUUGCGGGCGUCAACAGCUCCUUUGGCACUCUCAAGAGCCACAUCCAGAAGUUUCCAGACUUGUUUUUUUUUUGGGGGGGGGGCUUAGGCAGUUUCCAAAAGGUUUAAGGGGAGGGGCACGGCUGAACCUGCCACCCACCCCGGCUGCAGCCUCACAGCCGUUCUUCAGUGAAAGCAAGAGCCAAAAGAUUUCCAGUUGGCCGUCCUAAAGGGAAAACAGGGCCCAAAGGAUUUUGUUUUAUUUCUGGUUUAUUCCUUUCCAAUUUGCUGCAUAUCCAGAUGGUGGAACUGCUCCUGACCAGAGGCAGAAGUCCGAUGGUAUCAUUAACAAAUCGGACACGUACCAUGCUUCUGCCAGCUCGUUCACCAUUCUCCAACAGUGUACUGAUUCUUUCCUAAAAGACCCCUUUAUAUAUGUAUAUUUCCCCUCUUUACUGUGACUCUUAUUAUUUAUUUUCUGUGCUUUUGUGCCUCUUCUGGGUCUGUUGUAGAGAGCGGCCCUGUCACUCUUCCAGCUGCACUGAAAAGGGAUUGCCUUUUGGAGGGAGGCUGGAUAGAGCAGGGAAAGCUAUAAUCCCAACAAUGCCUUCAUUCUCAGUUGCUAGUAUCUUCUUUUAAAAAAUAAAAUAAAAUGAUAAAUACAUA